UCUGUUUAGUGAAAGGGUGGGAAGGCGGAAAGCGGAAGGGAUAAAGUAGAUAUUUUCGACGGGCGAAAUAGGGUUCUGUGUCGGGUGUUGUUUUUAUGGCUACGUACGAUGAGCCAACGCGCUGAAAGGAAAUGGCGCGGCAUGGUAGGCGCCCUGGCAUGAAACGGUUACCCCCAGAGAAUCACGAGUCUCCAGGGAUAUUGGAGAGAAUUUCCACUAAAUGGAGAGGAAGGGUUAUAUUCUGUUUGUUUUCAGCUGCUCUGCCUUUCUUGGCGAGAGAUGCAGCACAGGGUCUAUUAACGGGACACUUCUCGGGCGGUAUCGCCUGGUUUCUUUUUGCUCCGGAGAGGGGCGGCUUGCCGCCAUCUUUGUGCUCGGCGAGUAAUGGGUUUCUGUUUGUCAGAUACUGUGUACAUACAUACUCCUGGGCUGAUGUUGCUCGUUCCGGUCGUUGGGCCUGGGUUAAUGGGACGGCAAUGAGGGUCACCUUAUUGAAAGGCAGGACACAUGUCCGGCUAGUAGUGUAAGGUAGUCUAAUAUCUGAUCUCUGAAGGACGUGGACAUUGUAUUGUGUGCGGCUGCAAUGUAUUGCUAGCUCUUGUGUUUUGCCUUUGACUUAAUCCAAAAGAGAAAGAAAAUUUCCCAGCACCGUAUCUACGAGUAAUAGGAGUGUCAGUCAUUUACCCGUCGCUCUUCGCGGUCCGGGCAACCCAGACAUACUACACACUACAUACCGUACCUCGAUCAUAUUCAUGCCA